CCUCGGUUAUCUCAAUCUGAAGUCCCUUUUAAUGGAGGUCCCAGCUCAAACAACCCCAGCCUCAAAACAAAUAGCGAUGGCCAACAACACUCCUCCCAGUAGUGGCGGCGAACCAGACCAGAAGUCCGUCACCAGCAAGCGUUACAUCCCUCUCUUGAUCAUCAACUAUUUUUGCCUCUUCCUCGGCUCUGUCUCCUCCACUUUGCUCUCCAAAUACUAUUUCAUCCACAAGGGAUCCAGUCGAUGGGUCUCCACCUGGGUCCAAUCUGCUGGAUUUCCUCUCCUACUCUUCCCCAUUUUUCUCCCUUACUAUCUAUUCAAAUGUACCCCCAGAAAGCCCUUCACCCAUUUCACCCCACGAAUGCUAGCCCUUUCCAUCUCAAUAGGCCUCAUGUUAGGCAUAAACAACCUUCUCUUCUCUUGGGGUAACUCUUAUUUGCCCGUUUCCACCUCCUCUCUCCUUUUAUCGUCCCAAUUGGUGUUCAACCUCAUUCUCUCCGUCAUCAUCGUCAAGCAGAAAAUCACCUUCACGAAUCUAAACUGCGUGGUUUUGCUCACUCUGAGCUCAGUUCUCUUAGGCCUCGGCUCCGGGCACGACAAACCCCAUGGAUUAACCCGAGCCAAAUAUUUCAUAGGGUUUUUCUCCACCAUAGGUGCGGGACUGCUUUUUGCACUUUAUUUGCCGGUGAUGGAGAUGAUAUACAAGAAAGUCUACUGCUACUCCAUGGUGAUGGAAAUGCAGCUGGUGAUGGAGGUGGCGGCGACGGCGCUGGCGACGAUGGGCACAAUAUGGGACGGUGGGUUUAGAGAGAGGAUGGUGUUCGACAAAGGGGUGAAAGUAUACUGGGUGACGGUGUUGGGGAACGUAGUGACGUGGCAGCUGUGUUUUAUGGGGACCGCAGGGAUGGUUUUCCUAACGUGUUCGAUAACUGGAGGGAUUUGCAUGACGGCGCUGUUGGCCAUGAACGUGUUGGGAGGUGUUUUGGUGUAUGGGGAUGAGUUUGGCGGCGUCAAGGCGGUGUCAACGGUGCUGUGUGCGUGGGGGUUUUGUUCCUAUGUGUAUGGUAUGUAUCUUAAGAUGAAGAAAGAGAGAAACGAGAAAAUGGAAUCAGAUGGUGAUAUGGACAAUGAGACAAUGGAGAUGGUUGGGAUUGUGACACCGGUGGCAGAGCAUCAUGUCUAAUAUGAUGAUAUAUAAUUCAUCAUGAUGAGUGCACUAAAGCCUAGCUAGCCCUAUACUAUAUAUAUCUAGCCUCUUUUAAUUAUAAAAUAGUUAAGUAAUUUGACGCAAGUGUAAAUGGUUAUCCAUAUUACUAUGUGAAAGGGUUUGAAAUGGGAUGAGCAGUGUACUAGUGUAGUGUGUCAUAUCAUGUUAUCAAAAUUAAACAAUUAUUAUUGCCAUUUUGGAUUUAUGG